AAACUGGUUAAUAUAGUAUUACAUUCUUUGGCUGGCAUACGAUCCGUGCGUUGUAUUUUGUGUGCGUCUUUUUCCGUAAUACUAUAGUCCAGCUUCAGUGUUCUAGCGAUAGUCACAACAAAUGCAUCGCUAUGAUAUAGUUUAAAACAAUAGUUAAACAAUCAAACUGUCUAAUUAUAUUAUCUAGUGAUAAAACUUAAAUAGAUUGGUCAAGCUAUUAGUGUUACUCUAUUUUAAUUGCCAUUGCCUAUUCAAUAAAACGCUGUUAAAUUGGUUGAAGAACAUUGGAAUAAUAUCACGAACGCAGUCUUAUCAAUGGUUAAUACAUUUUUCUAAAGGCUUUAUUCUAAUAAGAGACUGAAAAUACCACAGUUAAAAAUACUUUGUGACUGUCAGUAUAAAACAAUAUGAAUGGAAAGAUAUUUAAAGAAAAUGAUAGACUUAUCGGAUCAAGAGAAGUUGAAGACAAAAAAUCUUGCCACAGACAACUGAUAUCGUGCUUUCUAGCUUCGUUGAUGUCGCUAUCGGCGGGCACAGUUGUCGCAGGAUGGUCGUCGACCGAUGGAAGUUUCAAAGACCAAGAUUUGAAGAAGUGGACCACCGAACAGGAAUCGUGGAUCAUAUCGAUUUAUGUGUUCGGUGCGCUGAUUGGAGCAUUGCCCACUGGCUUUUUGGGACAAAAAUACGGCCGCAAGUCGUUACUUCUCUGGAUAGCCGCCCCUAUGAUAGCCGGAUGGCUAAUUUGUCUGUUACGAUUGGAAAGCAUGUUCCUGGAGUGCUUGGGACGGUUUGUGUGCGGCUUAUCGGUGGGCGCGACCACCGUGGCCGUACCGCUUUACGCCCGAGAGGUGUCGUCGGACGUGCUCCGCGGCCGCACCGGCGUGUUCCUGGACUUCAUGCUGUGCGCCGGCAUACUGUAUGGGUACGUGGCCAGAGCCGUGUUGCCGGGCUUGCGACAGUUCUGUCUGGCGUGCGCUUUGAUUCCGGCCGUGUUCGUACUGCUGUUCUCGUACGCGCCCGAGUCGCCGAUCCACCUGUACAACGUUGGCCAGUACGAUAAAGCAGCGUCGGCGCUAAGGUGGUUAAGGGGUAGGCGAUUCAAUGUCAAAAACGAAUUUGAUAAAAUAGAGACAUCCAAGUGUCACGACGAUGAAUUACUUGAACGUAGUAAAGCAAUGAGCUCCGAAAACAAGAAUUUUCUUAUGAAAGUGACGAUCAUUUCUUUCGGCCUAGUGUUCGUUCAACGGAUGACCGGCGCCGGUGGUGUGAUCCAGUACUCGUCUACAUUAUUCAAAAUGUCCGGGUCUACCGUUGAUCCGAGCACGGCGUGCAUCAUAGUCGGCACAUUUCAAUUGGUCGCUUCUGGAGUUUCAUUUCUGCUCAUCGACAAGGUCGGACGGAGAACCCUGUUAUUGAUCUCGUCCGCGGUCAUUACCACGUGCCUCGUCCUCUUGAUCUUUUACUUCAGCCUUAUAGAAAACGAUACGUAUGCUGACUCACCGUGGAGGAUAUCCCUGCUGUUUGUCCUUUGCGUGUUCAUAUCUGCCUUUCGGUUGGGUCUGGGACCCAUCCCGUGGUUCAUAAGCACCGAGCUGUCACCGGCCUUGUAUGGUGGCCGUAUACAAUCCUUGGCCGCGUCCUUUUCUUGGACCCUGUCGUUUGUAAUCAUGAAGUCAUUCAAGAUCUUCGUUGAGGCAAAUCCCGUGAUGUUGUGGUGUACGUUUACCGCGUUCUCGGCCGCCGGGUUCCUGUUCAUAUUGUUCUAUGUGCCCGAGACCAACAACAAAAGCCGUGAACAGAUCCGGCGUGAUCUGAUCCAUUAGGUUGACCAAAUCAAUAUUAACAACAUCCGUCGUUGGAAUACAUCUCGCAAACAACACCACCGCGGCGGCGAAAACGUAAUCUCGAUAACAACACAACAGUUUGCAAUCAUUCUGCCAUAUGACCCGAGUCAGUGAAUCGAUGGAUUGGACUGACGGUAAGCCCGGGUAGCCAAAAUAUCUUCACGAUCUUUGGCAUAACUAUUGAUGAUAAGCUUGCAGAAUGGUGCCCCCGGAUGGAGAAAGGACUUCAUACUUUCAGACUUGAAACAUGGCUUGGAUAUUUCGUAUACACUAUAUACAGGUUGUAUCACAAUGAUCUGAAUAUAAAAUUAUCUCAUGCUUAUGAUACACCGUGUAUACUUGCUACACUUUAAUGUCACACGAAUGCGAAAUUCAAAACAAUGGUUAAGUAAUAACUUAAAAAAAACUUUGUGAUAAUAUAAAGACUUAUUUUCAAAUAUUUAUGAUGUUAAAAUUAUACUAUUAUAUUAUUGUGAAAAUAUGAAUCACAAUUGACCAAAGAAAACGAUUAUAGCUUUUGUAUAUAAUGUGUAUAAUAUAAUUAUAAUUAAUUGUACUAUCUAGUCCUA